AUGUCAGUCAAACCGAAACCAACGAAAGAAGUCGCCAAUGGGGUGGCCACACCAACCACAGGAGCCAACAACGGCACCACAACUUCCAUUUCUUCUACUACCAGAGUGGCUGAUCACGUGCAGUCGAGCAAGCAGCAGACAAAUCCAUCUUCAUCAGCUGCCAAUUCCCAGAGAUCGUUGAAAGAUCCAAGGUCGGGCAUCAGAGAGGAACGUGGUCGGGCGUCAGGUGCGGCCCUCUCCGAACCCCCGCAACAUUUCAAUCAGUCACCCAACACUUCUGGCAGCAACCGAAGAUCGCGUGGCAGGAAUAGGGAGGAUGUUGAUAAUGACGCCAACAACCAAUCAUCGUCUGCCAGGAAUGAUGACGUCGAUGAAAUUAACAGUGCUGGAGAUCAUCAUCAUCAUCACAGGGGUUCCAACAGGAGUCUUGGCACAGAAGAAAGAGAUUCCAAGCGACGCAAGUUAGACGCAAGCGCGCCUGUCAGCAACAAGGAUAGUUUCACCCAUUCGGAUGCCAGAGAACGAACUCGAAAGAGCCCACAGUCAAGCAAUGAGGAUAUCAUGAACUCAGGAGGCAACCGACCACGUAGUAAUCAGAGAGAGAGUGAGUGGAGGAGAGAUAAGAAUGAGGCAAGAGAAAGGAUGGAUAGAAAGAGGCACAGUGGAAUUGAGGAUUCUGAUAGAGAUAUGAUGGACAACAGGGAUGUGAAGAGAUACAAAAGUGAUGCUGGUGACCUCAUCAAAGCUGAUAAGUCAAGUAUGGGUGAUGAGAAAAAGAAAGAUGGCCGGUCGAAAAGAGAUGAUGGUAUUGAGAGAUUUCAGCGAGUGAAGGAAGAUGACGGCACAACCAAAGAUAUUAAAGAAAGUAAGGCAAUGUUUGCAAUGGACGAUAUCAACAUCAAGGAAAGGUCUAAAGAUACGAGUUUAAGAAGCCGAAAAGGUGCUAGCAAGGAUGCCAGUGACAAGGAGAAAAGAUUAUCAAGUGAAAAGAAACAUCCAUUGCCUGCUAAACGCUCGUCGAAUUCACAGAGAAUUUAA